AUGAAAGCCUAUCUAAAGAGUGCGGAAGGCUUUUUUGUCUUGAAUAAAAGUACUACGAUUGGAAGGCAUGGAGACUCAGACCUUGUUUUAGAGUCUGCAGACAUCGACAACCAUCACGCGCUCAUUGAAUAUAAUGAGGCUGAGGGCAGCUUUGUUCUCCAGGACUUCAAUUCCCGCAGCGGCACCUUUGUCAAUGAGUGCCACAUUCAGAACGUGGCUGUGAAGCUCUUACCGGGAGACCUGUUGAGGUUCGGCACUGGAGGGCUGACCUACGAACUGGUCAUCGAAAACCCAGCCUCGGUCUCCUUCCCAUGGGCGAUGGGCCCAGCACCCUGGCCCCGGCCACAGCCAUCUCGGGCCACACAGCAGCCGAACCAGUCACCCUCGCCACCGCAGGUCCCCUUCCACCUGGGCGUCCGGCCGGUGCCAGUGCAGAGGAGCUGGUCCCAGGGCUUCCCCAGGCCCACCGUGGUCCCGCCUGCCUCUCAGAAGCGGCCCAUGAGUGCCAGCGGGAAGAUGUUCUCCUUUAUGGUGGACGGCUCUGCCCACGGGGUUCCCAUCAUCAAACAAGUGUGGACCAACGCCGCGGACCUAUCAGACCAACCAGUGGCUGAGGAAAUUCCCGGGGCAGGAUCCGCCAGAGAGAUGUUUGUGGAUCAUGACUUGGCCCAGCAGGAGAAGGAUGAAAUAAUUAUGCUGCUGGGAAAAGAAGUCAGCCGUCUCUCGGAUUUCGAACUCGAAUCCAAAUACAAAGAUGCCGUGAUCGCGAACCUUCAGAACGAAGUGGCCCACCUGAGCCAGAAGCUGUCGGAAACAGCCACCUCCAGGCAGAAUGAGAGGGUGGUCCCGUCCAAGCUCCAGGUUCUGGAGGAAGAUGAUGAUGCCCAACAGAGAGAAAUCGAGAACUUGAAAAGCCAGAUCAGUGCCCUGCAGCAAGGCUACAGCCAGGUGCUGUGCCAAACCCUGUCUGAGAGGAACUUGGAAAUCACGUCCCUGAAGAACCAGGGUGAGAAUUUAAGAAGGGAUAACGCCAUCACAUCAGAGAUGGUGUCAUCUUUGCAAAAGGAUAUGUUAGCAAAGGAUGAGCAAGUUCAACAGCUAAAACAGGAGGUGAAUCAACUAAAAAGUGAGAACAAAGAAAAGGAUCACCAGCUUGAAGCCCUCAACUCCAGAUGCUCAGUGCUGAAAGAAGAGUUAAAGAAGGAAGAUGCCCAGAAGGAGAACCUGGAAGCCCAAGAGAAAGAAUUAAAACUCUACAAAACCCAAAUCCACGGCAUGGAGAAAGAAGUGAGAAAGCUCAGGGAGGAGUUGAAGAGGAGCAGUACGGAGCAGAGCCUGAUCUCUAAGACGCUUCGGGAAAAGAGCAAGGUUGAAGAGAAGCUUCAGGAGGAUUCCAGAAGGAAAUUGCUUCAGCUGCAAGAAAUGGGGAACAGAGAAAACCUCAUUAAAGCCAAUUUGGAAAGGGCAGUAGGUCAGCUGGAGCAUUUCAGAAGUCAGGUCAUCAAGGCCACCUAUGGACGAGCGAAGCCGUUCCAGGACAAGCCCGUCUCUGAUCAGCAGUUAAUAGAGAAGAUCACCCAGGUCACUGAGGACAACAUCAACUUUCAGCAGAAAAAGUGGACCCUGCAGAAGGAGACCCAGCUCGGCCUCUGCAGAGAGGAGGAGGUCGCAGACAGCGUUGAGAAGCUGAAGAAGGCCUUAGACAGUUGCCAGGCUUGCAUGAAGACGUCGUGCUGCAGCAAUGACCUGAGGAAGGAGGUCAGCUUCCUGCAGCACCUGCAGGUGAGCCCACCUGUCUCAGGGCUCCAGAAGGUGUCACUGGACAUCCUACGCCUGUCACUGUCCUGGCUAGAGGAGACAGAGCACCUUCUGCAAGACGUGGGCAUCCAGUUCUCCAGCUCCAACAAAGGAUUGUCUUUGUAUCUGAAAUACCUUCUGGAACAUUAUAAAAAAAUUACAAGCCGGACCCAAGAACUUCAGAUCAAGAUCAGCAGUUCUCAGGAAACUCAGCAGUCUCUGAUGCAAGAAAAGUUGCGGGAGCACCUGGCAGAGAAGGAGAAGCUGAGCGAGGAAAGGCUACAGCAGGAAGAGAAGCUGAAAGCCCGAGUCAAGUGGCUGAUGGAAGAGAAGGCGGCUUUGGAGGAAAGCAUUACUCAAGAGAAAAACAAAGCGAAAGAAGCAUUAGAAGAAGAACAGAAGAGAGUCCAAGAGCUGGAGGAUCGCUUAACCCAGCACAAGAAGGCUUUGGAGGAGACCAUUUCUCAGGAGAAAAGCAGAGCAAAGGAAGCAUUAGAAGAAGAACAGAGCAAAGUCCGAGAGCUGGAGGGCCGCUUAACCCACCAGAAGGAGGUUUUGGAGAGCGGUAUGGCCCAUGAGAAAAGAAAAGCAAAGGAAGCCUUAGAGGCAGAAAAGAGGAAAGUGCAAGAUCUGGAGAACCACUUAACACAGCAGAAGGAGAUUUCCGAGAGCAGCAUCGCCUAUGAGAAAAACAAAGCAAAGGAGGCCAUAGAGAAGGAAAAGAAAAAGGUCCAAGAUCUGGAGAACCGCAUAACCAAGCAUAAGGAGGAAAUGGAUUUAAAAAUGCAAAAAGAAGAUAUUUUAAAUAAUAAAUUAAAUGAUACACUGGCCAUGCUAGAAAAGGCUCAGAAAACAAAGAUGGCUGAAAGUCUGAAAGCAGAGAACCUCACCAUGAAAUUAAAUGAAACAUUAGCUGAACUGGAAACUGCCAAGACGAAAAUGAUCAUGAUGGAGGAGCGGAUGCAGCUGCAGCAGCACACAGUAAUGGCCCUCCAAGAGGAGCAGGAAUCACAGAAGCACGAAUUUGAAAACCAAAUCAUGGAAUACAAGGAACAAAUCAAGCAGCACUCCCAGACGAUCGUGAGCCUCGAGGAAAGACUCCAGAAGGUGACCGAACACCACAGAAAGAUAGAAGGAGAGAUCGCCACGCUGAAGGACAAUGACCCAGCCCAGGAGGGGGACGCACAGCCAGACCCCGCAGCAGCACCUCUAGGGGAGAGCAGCUCCAAAGAUGCAAUGUGCGACCACCUGAUAGAGGAUUUAUUGACUGCUCAGAAGGAGAUCCUGUCUCAGCAGGAGAUCAUCAUGAGGUUAAGGAAGAACCUGACUGAAGCUCAUAACCGAAUGUCAGACCUGAGAGGGGAACUGAACGAGAAGCAGAAGGUAGAACUGGAGCGGAACGUGGCGCUGGUCCAGCAACAAAGCAGUGAGCUGAGCGUGCUCAAGGACAAGAUGGUGCAGAUGACCAGCCUGGUGGAUAAGAAGGACAAGGAGCUGGAGGUCCUCAAGCAGGCUCUCAGGGCCUCCCAAGAGAAACAGAAACUCCAGCUGCUCAAGGAGAAGGAACAGAAGCCCAGGAAUGCAACCAACAUGUGUGACAUUUCGGUGCAGAUAGAACCAGUCCACACCGAUAUUUUCUUGAGCAGCCAAGAGGAGCAGUCCUUCAGUGAUCUAGGGGCCAAAUGCAAAGGGUCCCGACAUGAGGAGGUCAUUCAACGUCAGAAAAAGGCCUUGUCUGAGCUUCGUGCGCGAAUUAAAGAACUUGAGAAGGCCGGCUCCUCAAAUCCUAAGGACCACAUGGAUGAAUCAUUUCUAGACUUAAAGACUCUCGGGAUGGAAAAAAACAUCCAGAAAAUAUUGGAUGUAAAACCUGAUUUGCCAACUUUCUCACGAGUAGAGAGCCGAGUGCCUCAAAAUGGCCUUUCCACCCCAGGGUCCAUCAUGGCCACUGAUAAAUUAGGGAAAACAGAUGCAACUGAGGCUCUGGAUCUCAGUGAAAAGCUGUACAUGGAUAUGAGCAAAACACUCGGGAGUCUGAUGAACAUCAAAGAUAUGUCAGGUCAUGUGUCUAUGAAACACCUCUCCCCCAAAGAGAGGGAGAGAGUCAACCAGCUUCGACAAAGAGACCUCGAUAUGGUGUUCGAUAAGAUCACCCAACUCAAGAACCGGCUGGAGAGAAAAGAGGAGCUUUUGAGAGGAUACGAGAAAGACAUUGAACAGCUCAGGCAGAGCAAAGUGUCGGUUCAGAUGUACCAGUCACAGGUGGCCAAGCUGGAGGAUGACAUCUACAAAGAGGCCGAAGAGAAGGCGCUGCUCAAGGAGGCCCUGGAGCGCAUGGAGCAGCGGCUGCACCAGGAGAAGAGGUUCAACAGGGCGAUCAGGCAGCAGAAGGAACGUUUAGAGGACCUCGAACAGAGAAACGCCAAAGAGUCAGCAGCUUGCAACUGUUCCUUCAAAGAGAAAGAGAGGCAGAGACGAAUGUUUGUAGAGGUGGUGAAGAACAAGAUGCAGAACUCAAAUUUCCAGGUCGGAGCCAGAAAAGCCACUGCAAAGAUGGACCAAGAAAGAGAGAUGCUAAAGAGAGAGAUAUCCAGCAAGUCCAGCCAGAACCUUCUGUUUUCUAAGCCUGGUGGAAGGAACUAG